CCGUAUUGCUGAAAUUAUAUACAUCCUUAUUGAUUCUCCAGCAGCGCACAGCCUCUCCGUCGAUUCGACACUCGGUGUCGCUCUCUAGGCUAUCUUUCCAUUCCUGCAAUGGUCCUUGGCAUUGCUUAAAACCUUUAUUCACCUCCACAUUCGCUUAAUUCAUUCAAUUCUUCUUGACUACUGUUAUUUUUUCGACGCAAUUGCAAUUAUGUCGUCCCCGGCGUCCCUCCGUAAGAGAGGCGGUGGGAAGCGAGACGUCACCGAACCACAACCCUCCGCUGUAGCUCCCAAGCCUGCUGCUGCAUCAUCCCCUGCUGCAGCCACUGCAAAGCCUCCCUCAGAAUGGGACUACUGGGUUGCUCUCGUUGUAGUGACCGCGCUGGCUUUUGGCACGCGGUUCUGGAAUAUUAGCUAUCCCGACGAGGUGGUUUUUGAUGAAGUGCACUUUGGAAAGUUUGCCUCGUAUUAUUUGCAACGGUCGUAUUUCUUCGAUGUUCAUCCCCCCUUCGGCAAGUUGCUGUUUGCCUUUGUUGGCUGGUUGGUUGGCUAUGAUGGCAACUUCACCUUUGACAACAUUGGCGAAUCUUAUAUUGACAACAAAGUCCCGUAUAUCGCAUAUCGUGCCUUACCUGCUACCCUCGGCUCGCUGACGAUUCCGGUCGUGUUUGACAUUAUGUGGGAGUCUGGCUACUCCCUGCCGGCUUGUGUGCUGGCCGCUGGCUUGAUGGUCUUUGAUAAUGCGCACAUUGGCGAGGAUCGUUUGAUUCUGUUGGAUGCAUGCUUGGUCUUGAGCAUGGCGCUCAGCAUUCUCUGUUACGUUAAGUUCUAUAAGCAGCGUCACAACGAAUUCUCGCGCAAAUGGUGGAAGUGGCUCCUUUUGACUGGAAUCUCCUUGAGCUGCGUCAUCUCCACCAAAUAUGUCGGUGUGUUCACUUUUGUCACCAUUGGCUCGGCCGUUGCUAUUGACCUCUGGAACCUGCUCGACAUUAAGCGUCCUCGAGGCACCAUGUCGCUGCUCCAGUUCGGGCAUCAUUUUGCUGCUCGUGCAUUCGCCCUCAUCAUCGUGCCGUUCUUCUUCUAUCUUUUCUGGUUCCAGGUGCACUUUGCCGUUCUCACCAAAUCUGGGCCUGGCGACGACUUCAUGACUCCCGAGUUCCAGGCGACACUGGCCGAGAAUGCUUUGACUUCCAAUGCCGUUGAUAUUAAUUACUUUGACGAAAUUGUUAUCCGCCACAAGGAUACCAAGGUAUAUCUGCACAGCCACUUUGACCAGUAUCCUCUUCGCUACGACGACGGCCGUAUUUCUAGCCAGGGACAGCAGGUUACCGGUUACCCAUUCAACGACACCAACAACGUUUGGCAGAUUCUCCCGUCCGCUCCUUUGCCCGAGAACGACGGCGCCGCUCAUGUAGUCAAGAAUGGUGACCAUGUCCGGCUCCGACAUAUCGUUACCGACUCUAUUCUUCUGACGCACGAUGUGGCAUCGCCUUUGAUGCCGACGAACCAGGAGUUUACUACUGUGACCCAGGAAUUGGCUGACGGAGAGCGCCAUGCUGAUACCCUGUUCGAGAUCAAAAUCGAGAACGGCAAACCUGGUCAAGAAUUCCGUUCAUUAGCCAGUCUGUUCAAGCUGAUCCACGUUCCUACACGAGUAGCGAUGUGGACACACCCCACCCCUCUUCCCGACUGGGCCUACAAGCAGGCCGAAAUUAACGGAAACAAGAACUCGCUGCAGUCCAGCAACAUCUGGUACGUCGAGGAAAUCCCCUCGAUCCCAGAAGGAUCUCCACGGUUGGAGAAGGAGGAGCGCGAAGUUCAGAAACUUUCGUUCGUUCGUAAAUGGGCUGAGUUGCAACGCGCUAUGUUCUUCCACAACAAUGCUCUCACUAGCGAACAUCCAUACGCAAGUGAGCCCUUCCAGUGGCCAUUUAUGCUACGCGGUGUCAGCUUUUGGACGAAGAACGACACACGUGAACAAAUUUACUUUUUGGGUAAUCCUAUUGGCUGGUGGUUUGCCAGCAGUUUGUUGUCUGUUUUCGUAGGUAUCAUUGGCGCCGACCAGCUAUCUCUCCGACGAGGCAUUGACGCUAUUGAAGAGAUCUGGGGACCCGGCGCUCGUAGCCGCCUCUACAACAGCACCGGCUUCCUAUUCCUCUGCUGGGCCGCGCACUACUUCCCUUUCUGGCUGAUGGGCCGCCAGCGCUUCCUGCACCAUUAUCUCCCAGCUCACCUCGCAUCCUGUCUUGUCGCUGCCGCUCUCGUCGAAUUCAUCGCCAGCGUCGACCCCAUUCCCCCAGCCAGCACCGACCUCGUGUACGACCCGAAGGACAAGACCAAACCACCCACCGUCCGCCGAUUUCGUACGGCAAAGGAGCGUCUAGGCCUUCGCUCUCUGCUCGUCGCCUGGGCCGCGACUGGCGUCAUCAUGGCCGCCGUCGUGUAUUCCUUCCUCUUCUAUGCGCCUCUUACCUACGGCACGCCUGGUCUUGAUCCUGAUGGUGUAAAUGCUCGCAAAUGGCUCGAUUAUGAUCUUCAUUUCGCAAAGUAGAUAGCUAGACGGGUAGCCAUGUGAAUGCGUUCUGUCAUGUAUCUCGUUGAAAUAUUUUAGGAUUGUCAUUCCUUGGUUGGGUUGGGUUUGGUUUGUUGGUUGUAUGAUAGUGAUAACUACUGUGGUGACUAGUUGGUAAGAUUGGAUAUUCAUAUCAUUAUUCAAAUUGAUA